UGUGAGAACUAGAGUAUUUUCAACUACUUGAUCACAUUCCGGGAACAUGUCUGCUGGCACUGAAUCAAAAACAAACCGGGAGAAAUUCCUGGAAGAAAUGCAAAAGAUAGCGGCAGAGGCUGCCAAGAAAACUCCUGAGGAACUUGUGUUUAAUUAUAAAGGGGUUCUGUACCCCAGCUCUAUCUGUAGUGAGGAGACUUUCCAAGCUCUACAAUCUUUGGAAGCUAGGGAGGAUGACCUACUUGCUGUGACUUAUCCCAAGAGUGGAACUAAUUGGGUAACUAAGGUACUUCACGAAAUGUUAAUUUUAGUACACAAUAGAGAAAUAACCGUGGACCAUGCAAUGCUUGAAUUUGGAAAACCAGAAAAAGUAAAGUAUCUGAAAGGACAACCUUCACCAAGACUCUUCUCAACUCAUAUGUAUUAUGAUGAUGUCCCCAAAUCGUAUUUUGAAAAGAAAACAAAGUUUUUACUAAUUCUUCGGAAUCCAAAAGAUACAGCUGUGUCAUAUUUUCAUUUCUCUAACAGUAAUCCAGUGCUUCCUUCUUUUAGUACUUGGGAUGAGUUUUUCCGGGCAUAUAUGGAUGGAAAAGUUUGCUAUGGAUCAUAUUUUGACCAUGCGGUUGAUUGGAACAAACGUAUAGAUGAUGAAAAUAUCAUGGCAAUAACAUUUGAAGAAAUGAAAGAGGAUUAUCUCUCGCAACUCAAAAGAAUAUCUGAUUUCUUUGGGCUUUCAUUGACGGAGGAACAAUUAGCUUUGAUUGAAAGCAAAACCACUUUUAAAUCUAUGAAAGAGAAAUCUGGUGAUUCCCAUGGCAAACUUGGGAAUGUUUUCUUCCGCAAAGGAGAAAUAGGUGAUUGGAGAAACCAUUUUACUGAAGAGCAGAGCAAAGAGGUAGAUGCCAAAUUUGAAGAGUGCCUUGCUGGAACAAAACUAGGACAGAUGCUUAAUUAUGAUAAAUAUUGCAAAUUUUGAAAGUAUUAUUAUUAUUAUAUGUAUGACCUCUCUUUUGCAUUAAAUAUCUUACAUACAA